AUGGGUGAUUUACAAGCAAAUGGCUGGCCGGAGAACAGCUGCAACGAUACGAUCGGUGGCGCUGCAUGCUUCAUGGCCUUUGCACAUGUGGACGUAGAAUGCCAUAUUGACAUCAGAACCCUGGUGACCCCGCAGGCAUACAAGGCCGUCCCACCAUCUGUCGUUCGACCCUGGUGUGCACCUUUCGCGGAAGCCAUUGUGGAGGCACAUCAUGUGGAGAUCAUAGAGAAGAUGUUGCAACCCGAAGACGCCUUUGUCAUUCCCCCCGAGCUCAGUGCAUGCAGGCAGUCUUUCAAUGAAAGACAUGGGUGCUCCUCACCCCACCUUCAGUGGGAGAACAUCAAUGACAGAACAGAGUCUUCCUCCGAAAAGUUGAUACCCGGUCCGUCGGUUAGUGACAAUUUGCUUCGUCACAUCGAAUUUCAAGACGUGCUUGCGGUUCACGAUUUGCUCGUCGGUCUGAACGCCAGUCGGCCGCGACCUUUCACCAUUAACCUAGAGUUCGAUGAAAGCGACCCUAGUGUUUACGUUUCAAUGGCUACAGCAUGGGAGAUCAUAAUGCGAAUCCGAAGGAUCUCUGUUCAUGUUCAAAAGAUAUGA